AUUCUUUCUCCUCUUCCCCCCUCCAUUCUUUCCUCCUCUGUCAGAUUCCUCGUUCUCUUUCUUUUCGUUUCUGCUGGAUGCCGGUUCUGCAUUCCAUUGAUCUCAUCUGGUUUGAUUACAAAGGUAUCUAGGAUCUAGAUACGAUCGUCUGUUUACUAGACUGUGCUGUACUUGUCAAGGACCAGAGCAAAGCUACCUCGACAGGGAAAAAGGGUGUCGCAGGUGUUGAGUGAUUUCAGUGCUUCGGGGAUUUAGGGAAGCGCAGGAGAAAUCCUCCCAGUCGACCUCGUGCACUUGGUCGCAUCUUAUCUACAUCUACUUCCGCCAUGCAUACUUCCCGAAUACUACGAUCGGCGAUCUCGAUACUGACCCUAUCGGCGCAACUUCAACUCUCGGCGGCAUCGCCGGUGGAUAUCGACGAGGCCAGGCUGGAAAAGCGCUGCGAUAACCCUUGUGGGUAUUACGGUCAAGUCUGCUGCACCGGGAGCCAAACAUGCAGCACCAACGGUAAUGGCCAAGCAGUCUGCGAAGACGGCGGCGGCAGCGACGACGGCGGAUGGGAAUACCACACCACCACCUGGGUGGUCACCGAAACAGACACCUCGACUUUCACUUCGACAUGGAGCACUCGAGGCUCGAAGCCAACGGCAACCGGGGGUGGCGGUUCGGGCAGUUGCAAGUCCGACCUCGGCGAGACGGUUUGCGGCAACACCUGCUGCGGCGCGGCAUAUGUCUGCUCCAACGACCAGUGUAUCAUGGGAAGUUCCUCGAUCUGGGCUACCGCUACAGCCACGCCUCCCGUGAGAGGCACCAGUGCCAGUACUGUCACCGCCACCGCCUCCGCGACAACCACGCAGCCAUUCGAAACCCCCGUGGGCACCGACGGCGCAGCCAUGGUAGGGGUGAAGGCCCCCGACGACGGAGGACUCAGCGGAGGAGCCAUUGCAGGCAUCGUGAUCGGAUCAAUCGCCGGCGCUUUCCUGCUGCUGCUGCUUUUGGCGUGCCUGUGUUGCCGCGGGGCUCUGGAAUCUCUGUUCGCAUGUCUGGGUAUCGGCAGGAGAAGAAGAAAGGAGACGACCUAUGUCGAAGAUCGGUACUCCCAUCAUUCGCAUGCGCACGGUGGAAGACCUGAGGGACGCACCUGGUUCGGAGCCCGGCCCUCCGCCCCCGAGACGGGAGAAAAGAAAUCGAAAUGGGGAAGCAUGGCGAGCAUCGGUAUCAUCCUCGGUGCGCUUGCGCUGUGUCUGGGAUUGAAGAGACGCAGAGACCACGACGAGAAGAGCAGCUUAAGCUAUCCCAGCAGCUACUACACGUACUCGGAUUAUUACACCAACACCAGUGCAAGUAGCGAAAGUUCGGAUAGGCGGACACGGCGCUCUCGACGAUCCUACCCACGUCCACCACGUUCACGACGAUCAUGAGCUUUGACGCAAUAGGCUCGAUCAAUGACAUUUAAUGACCCAUGACCAUAUCGAGCCUGAGAAGCUCUUUUUCCUUGAUGUUUCAAUUUCUGCCGAUUUCCGGUCAGAAUAUGCAUAAAAUGGCGCUGGUUCGGCACGCUGCACGAUGAAUGUAUUAUGAAAUUUUGCCCCUCGUGUUGAUCUUGGUUUUUUUGUCUUUUUCCGAAAUCUGAUGUGUAUAAUGAGUUAUGUUUCCAUGCCCUAAGAGCCGUUUUUAAUGUUCUGCGCGUGCCCUCUUUUUUUCUUUUUUCUUUUUCCCGGGAAUGAUUUGGACGGAUGGAAGACAGACUGAUGUAAAUACGAGACAUGAGAUAAAUAUCAAUUUACGAUUAAAGAAAC